AAAACGGGGAGAAACUGCGCGUAUUUUUCCUCCGCCGGGAGCCAAUAACAGGCGGACACAGGAUUUUGUUUAUUUUAUUUUGAAGGCGGAAUAAUUUGAGCUUUUUACCCAAAGACAUGGAGUACACGUCAUCCCCGAAACCUCAGCUCUCAUCCCGGGCAAACGCUUUCUCCAUAGCCGCCCUGAUGUCCAGUGGGAAGUCCAGUAAGGACAAAGACACGGAGGAGAACACCAUCAAGCCACUCGAGCAAUUUGUGGAGAAGUCCUCCUGCAACCAGCAGUCUCUGCCGGACCUGUCAUCCCUGGACGGGCACGGGGACUUCAGCGGGAGCGCGCCCGCGGUGUGCACGGAGCCGCUGAUCCCCACCAAUCCCGGCAUCCCUAGCGAGGAGAUGGCGAAGAUCUCGUGCAGCCUGGAGACCAAAGAGCUGUGGGACAAGUUUCACGACCUCGGCACCGAGAUGAUCAUCACCAAGUCCGGCAGGAGGAUGUUUCCCACCAUCCGGGUCUCUUUCUCCGGGGUGGACCAGGACUCUAAGUACAUCGUGUUGAUGGACAUCGUCCCGGUGGACAACAAGCGGUACCGGUACGCUUAUCACCGCUCCUCCUGGCUGGUGGCCGGCAAGGCGGACCCUCCUCUGCCCGCCAGGUUGUAUGUUCACCCGGACUCUCCGUUCACCGGAGAGCAGCUGAUGAAGCAAAUGGUUUCCUUUGAGAAAGUCAAACUGACGAACAACGAACUGGACCAACACGGACAUAUCAUCCUCAACUCCAUGCACAAGUACCAGCCGCGGGUCCACAUCAUCAAGAAGAAAGACCACACCGCCUCACUGCUCAACCUCAAGUCCGAGGAGUUCCGCACGUUUGUCUUCGUCGAGACCGUCUUCACCGCCGUCACAGCCUAUCAGAACCAGCUGAUAACCAAACUGAAGAUUGACAGCAACCCGUUCGCCAAAGGUUUCCGGGACUCGUCGCGGCUGACGGACAUGGAGAGGUACAGGGGAUUCUGGGUCCUGCACUGCUUGGAAAGUGUUGAGAAUCUGAUCCACAAGCACUCGUACGCCCGGUCGCCGAUCCGAACCUACGCCGGCGACGAGGACAACCUGGGCGAGGACGGACUCUCCGCACACACCAGAGGUUCGGCGUUCACCGCCUCAGACAACCUUUCCCUGAGCUCCUGGGUCACCACCACCUCGGGCUUCUCGGGCUUCCAGCACCCGCAGUCCCUGUCGGCCAUGGGCACCGGCGCUGCCUCCCUGCCCCACCCAAUCCAAGGCUCUCUGCCCCCCUACAGCCGGCUGGGCAUGCCGCUGACGCCCACCGCCCUGGCUGGAACUAUGCAGGGCAGCGGACCAUCCUUCCCGUCCUUCCACAUGCCCCGUUACCACCACUACUUCCAGCAGGGGCCCUACGCCGCCAUCCAGGGACUCCGCCACUCCUCCACCGUCAUGACGCCCUUCGUAUGA